AUGAUUGACUCUCAACUGGCCCUAAGGGCGAAUAUUCCAGUCCUCACGCCUCGUAACAACCCUCAUCUUGUACAGCAAUUCCUAUUGCGACAUAUACCAGAGGCCAACCCGACCGGAACAAACACCCUUUCGAACAAUGAUACGCUCUCUCCCUUGAUCUAUGCCCUGGUUACUACUCCAUUCUCCUCACACAGUUGGAUCGUCUUUAAGUUCAUGCAGGAACAAGAGUUAAGAGUAGCUGCGAACGUUAAUGCUGACGCCGUUGAUUCUGCCUGUCUGAACCUGUUCAAUUUCCCUCCUUUCUCUCAAUUUGCGGUCGAUACGUCGAGAGCCGUCGCACAGUUUUGGACGAGCCUCAAUGAAAUGGAGGUGGCCGAAUGGGAAGAGCUGGCGCGCGACAUCUCAGAGAUGCACACUCGUCUUGUUGCCCUGUUUGGAAACGGUGUCGUAUUCGAUUGGAACGCUUGGGAAGCACAGAGACAAUACCAUGCGCGGACCAUUUACCUAAAGUGGACGGGCUCCCAAGCUAUUCACGGCGUAAGUAGAGCAGAUGACGAAUCAACAACAUACUACACAGAAAAUUGA